AUAUAGGAAAUUUAGAGAAAUAAGUUGAAAAAGAAAAGGCAUUGGCAUAUAUGACCCCUUUGGAUUAGGUUAAUUGGUCGGGACAUCACACGUGGCAGUGAGUAACUGGGCGGUUGACAGCGAAGUUUAGCUAUGCUUAACCUCCCCAGGUGCAUUUCUGGAACCAGGGUUGGCACUCCCCAUCUUCUCCACCCGGAAUUUAUUUGUUAUUUCCCCCUGAAAAUCAAUUUCUCUCCCCAAAACCCAAAUUCAACAAAUUGGGUAAUUUUUCCUCUAAUUCUCCUUUCCAUAUCCAUCUUUAGGGUUUCUAUUUCAAUUGCAAAUUUGUUUUCCGUCCUCAACUUGGAUUUGAUACCCAUCCCUUUUCUCACCCCACCACAAAUUCCUGUUUUUUUUUUUUUUUUUAAUUUUGACCUUUUGUUUGGAUGCAAUUUCUACUGUAUAAAUGGCUUCGAUUCGGAGAACUCUGUCGCCCUUCAACGAUCGAUCGUACCAGAACGGAUCCAACAAUCCAUUUGCAGCGCAAUCGCCAUCGCAGAAGCUGCUUUCCCAUGGCAGAACAACUUUCUCCCCAAUCCACAGAUUUAUAACUGGAAUUUUCCUCCAGAAGCAUUACUCUCGAAAAAGCAAUCAGUUUUCCUGGAAAAAAUCGCUUCUCCGAUGCUUUCUGUUCUUUUUCCUUGGGUUUUUGCUUGGCAUGGCGCCAUUUAAUAAUGACAUUAACGAAUUGAAGCGCGAAGAUUUGAGAAACAGAGAUUUCUCGUUCGAAAGGAAGUCAGGGGUGGUGAAUGCUGAGAAGAAUGAAGGGGAUUUAGGUUUUGUAGAGAUACCCAAGGAUAAUACUAAUAAUAAUAAUAAUAAUAAUAAUAAUAUUGUGGUGGAUUCUGUUGAACUGGGUGUUGUUGAGAGCAGUGGCAGAAAUGAAAUUAAGUUGAAUUUGGAUUUUGUGCCCCCUCUUAAGCAAUUGAUUUUGGUGACACCAACUUACAACAGGGCUAUGCAGGCGUACUAUUUGAAUAGGUUAGGGCAGGUUUUGAGACUGGUCAGACCGCCGCUAUUGUGGAUUGUGGUGGAGACGAACACUGCGACAAUGGAGACUGCGGAUAUCUUGAGGAAUAUGGGUAUUAUGUACAGACAUCUUGUGUGUAAGAAAAAUUCCACAAGUGCAAAAGACAGGGGAGUGCACCAGAGGAAUACUGCAAUCGAGCAUAUUGAGAGGCAUAAACUUGAUGGCAUUGUGUAUUUUGCAGAUGAUGAUAAUAUCUACUCGCUGGAGCUAUUCGAGAGUUUAAGAGAAAUCAGUCGUUUUGGCACUUGGCCUGUAGCCAUGCUUGCUCAAAGCAAAAAUAAAGCGACAUUGGAAGGCCCUGUAUGCAACGGAAGCAGAGUAGUAGGAUGGCACACAAAUGAGAAGAGUAAAAGGCUUCGUCGAUUCCACGUUGACAUGUCUGGCUUUGCCUUUAAUAGCACCAUACUGUGGGACCCAAAGAGAUGGCACCGUCCAACUUCAGAACCAAUUCGUCAAUUGGACACAGUGAAGGAAGGAUUCCAAGAGACAACUUUCAUAGAGCAGAUUGUGGAAGAUGAGAGCCAAAUGGAAGGCAUUCCUCAAAGUUGUUAUAGGAUAAUGAACUGGCACCUCCAUCUAGAAGCUUCUGAACUUAUAUAUCCCACAGGCUGGUUGCUUCAAAAGAAUCUCGAUGUUGUUAUCCCUGCAAAGUGAUGUAUUUUGAUCUAAUCAGAUUGCUUAGUAUCACGUUGGAUCUGUGAGAAGUACGUUCUUUGGAAGAGACGAUUAUUGAGUUGAGACCAAAACAUUGGAGCAUGUUGCCACUUUUAUGUAGAGAGCUUGUAGGGCAGCAUCAGCCCCCCUCGGAAAGAGAGGGAGCAAUCAUCAGGAGGAGCAGUUACUAUUUUAAUUUCUUUUUUAGGUUUUUAUUUUAUUUUAUUUUGCAGAAUCGAAGUUGAGUUUUUGUGGUAUAGUUAAAAUAUUUUGUUGGGAAGAGGUCAGGUUUAGAGUUACCAGUACCUUCAACUGUUGAGAGAGGAUUUUUCAUCCAUCCCUAUAACUUUGGGGAUUUACUUUUGUGGGUAUGUAUGAAUUUCACUUGUUUACAACUGCAGCAUACUCUACUAUAGGAAUAGCCUCAAAUAUAAUGAGGUAACCAAAGUUGCCUGUUCAUAUUGUUGUAGCCCCCUUUAUUAUUAUUAUUCAUAUUUUAUCGUAACAGAUCAGAAAUUUUACAGAAACUAGCUUCUUUUAUUCUUUGAAAUAGUAAAACGAAUAAAAUCUUUUAUUGU